GGUGGCUGAAGAGGUGACGGUGCUCUCAAGGGCUCCAGAUUUUCCCCCAGAGGAGCCUCCUAACGCAACAGUCUGAAGAGAGAGAUUUCCCAGCAUCCCCCUAAAAUAUUCUUCCCUCCCCACCCCAAUUCUCAGCUUCGGCAACAAUGUGACAAAUGCAGUGGAAAUUCUACAGCAAGCGUAAUGGAACCACAUGUGGUAUGGGGGAUCCCCAAGUGAACAGUACACCCCAGAGGGAGCCCCCCAAAAAACAUAAAGUCAGGUGACCAUCAGCUUUGAUAUCCCAGUCUGUAUUGACCACGGGGCAAGGAAUUCCUCUUCAUCCUGUGAAAGUACGAAUAUCUUAUCUAGAGAACCACUGAGGAUAUUGGCUUUUUUGGGGGUUCUAGCCCUGCUUCCCACCACAUGGCUAUUUUGUGAGAAUCACAUGACUGUCUAGCCCACGUGGCGAUGGGUCGGGAGAAUGAACUGAUUCAGGCUGUGAAAAGUGGAGAUGUCGGUGCUGUCCAAAAAUUCCUGGCGAAAUUCCGAACUCCCAAAAGUAAGCUCCUUGGAUCAACCAAAAGACUGAAUGUAAAUCAUCAGGAUGCGGAUGGGUUCUCUGCCCUUCACCAUGCUGCACUCAGUGGAAACUCUGAGCUUCUCCUUUUGUUGUUGGAAAUGCAGGCUUCAGUGGACAUCAAAGAUGGGAACGGGAUGCGACCCCUCCAUUAUGCAGCUUGGCAGGGCCAACCGGAACCUGUGCGCCUCUUGCUUCGAGCCUCUGCCAGUGUUAAUGCUGCAUCUCAUGAUGGACAGAUCCCACUGCACUUGGCUGCCCAGUAUGGUCACUAUGAAGUGUCUGAGACCCUCCUGCAGCAUCAGUCAAACCCGUGUCAUGUUAACAAGGGAAAGAAAACCCCCUUGGACCUAGCCUGUGAAUUUGGAAGAGUGAAAGUAGUUCAGCUGUUGUUGAACAGUCACCUGUGCGUCUCUCUCUUAGAAGGAACUUCUAAAGAUCCAACAGAUCCAAAUUUCACUACACCACUUCACUUGGCUGCCAAAAAUGGUCACUUGGAAGUUAUCAGGUUGCUGCUCAAAUUGGGCAUUGAAAUUAACAAGGUGACCAAGAUGGGUACUGCUUUGCAUGAGGCCGCCCUCUGUGGAAAGACGGAAGUGGUGAAGCUACUGAUAGAGAACGGAGUAGAUGUGAAUAUUCGGAACACGUACAAUCAGACAGCACUGGAUAUAGUCAAUCAGUUUACUACCACCCACGCCAGCAUUGACAUCAAGCAGCUUCUCAGAGAAGCAUCCGGCAUACUGAAGGUCCGAGCACUGAAGGAUUUUUGGAACGCUCAUGACCCAACAGCGCUAAACAUCCGAGCUGGAGAUCUAAUAACGGUCUUGGAGCAGCACCCCGAUGGCCGCUGGAAGGGGCACAUUCAUGAUCCUCAGAAAGGAACUGACCGUGUCGGCUUCUUUCCUCCAUCCAUUGUCGAGGUUAUCAGCAAAAGGCUUGGCUCCACGCUAUCCCGUAACAUCACUGUGCCAUCACAUCAGCACCUGGCAAAAACUGCCCUCACACUGCCAAUUCAGCACAGUCCAGGCUCUCAACUUGGCAUUAACCCUGACACAUCAGUAGCUGGUGACCGUCACAGUGUGGGCAGUGAGAGCAGUGUACGGAGUGCUGGCAGUGGGCAAAGCUGCGAGGGACAGCAGAUAAACACAGCUCUUCUUAUAGAGAAUGCACAGACAAUGGAUUUUGGCUCAGAAAAUCUGCAGAACUGCCAAACAUUUCCAGGCCCUGUCUCAGGACACCAUCUAUCCACCAUCCUACCAGUAGAGAAAAACCCUGGGGAUUAUCUGCAAGGAAAGGAUGCUGAGCAAAUAUUUUGCUGGCUACGUGGCUUCCAGAUGGAAACAUAUGUGGGAAACUUUAUUUCGGCCGGCUAUGACCUUCCAACAAUCAUGCGUGUGACCCCAGAGGACUUAACAGCCAUUGGAGUGACAAAGCCAGGACACAGGAAAAUGAUUUCCACCGAGAUUGGCAAGCUUAUAGUAGCAGAUGGGCUGCCCCAGCAAAUACCUGUGGACUUAUGGGACUGGCUUUCUCAGCUGGGGUUGCCAGAGUACCACAAGCAACUCUCUGAAAAUGGCUAUGAAUCUCUGAGCACUGUGACAGAACUCACAUGGGAGGGAUUGCAGGAGAUCGGAAUCCACAGAUUAGGACAUCAAAAGAAGCUUCUAUUGGGUGUGAAACGCUUGCUUGACCUUCAGAAGGGAUACCCUAUUGGGGGAACAUUAAGACGGAGGAUUCUAGGGUCCCAAGACACUGUUGCUGUUGUGGAGCCUCCUGAAAAUGGAGACCUCCCAGUAACACCCAAACUGCUAACCUUUCAAGGAGCAGAACUGAGCCGGGAGCUGCAAAGCGCCCUGACGCGGGGCAAUGAACAGUUGUGCACUGGUAGGAGGUCUUUCAGCCAGGAGAGCAUUAGCUCUCGUUCUCAGGGUUCUGGCCAUUCCCAGGAAUCUGCUUCCUCUUACCCGGUUCUGCCUGUUCAUCUUCAAGGAGUAGACUUGAACCUUCCAGAAAGAAAUCACCCGGAAGGGACAGACCAGAUUCUUCAAAACCACUGGGUCCCCAAUGGAUGCCUGAUUCAGCCAGAGCCACCCGCACCCCCACCCAAGCCUGCACUUAAAAAGCGUUCACUCAGUGCUUGCCGUUAUGCAUUGUCAGAUGGUGAACCAGAAGAGGAGGAGGAGAAGAAAAUAGCUACAGCUGGCACAGGGACACUUAGUACAUACGCCACCUUAACUCGGCGUCCUGGGCGCAGCUGCUUGACUAAUGGGAAGCCAGAGAAAAAAGUUCAACGUAGCCAAUCAUUUGCUGUUAGAGCACGUAGAAAGGGGCCUCCUCCACCACCUCCAAAAAGACUCAGUUCCAUGUCCAGUGCAGAGGGGCAAUCUCCUGAAGGACAGAGCUCAGUAAAGACCAUUGCUGCACAACUAGAGGAUAUAGGUAGAGGGACAGGAUUCUCUGCUAGUACCAGCAAAGCUACUCACACAGAAGUGCUGGAAGGUUCUGGAACACGCAGAAGGACUGUGAGUGAGUCUGCUGCUGGCCUCGGUGGGAGACUUUCCCUCCCUUUGACCACAAAAAAAGAUGAGGAAGAAGAGAGGAAGGAAGAGCCUAUUUCCUCACAGCACAGUUCUAGUGAGAGCAUUCCUUUUGCAGAAGAGGGUAACCUCACCAUUAAGCAGCGCCCCAAACCUCCUGGGGCCAAGCUAGAGCAAGAUGCCACAUCAGAACUCAGUCCCACUCAGGAGUCACAGUUACAAUCUGCUGAGGCCCAACGUCAUUUAGAGUCCUCUGCUGUUCUGGCUAAACCUGUUACUGUAGUCUUAGCACAGGCCCGACCUCAGAUAGCAGCCAAACCCCAAAUCGGGCCAAAGCCAGACACAGGGGCCAGGGCACCACCAGCCACAUCUAUACCAAAGAAUGAGGAACAUGAUUUUAAUCUUACAGAAUCAGACACCGUAAAGAGGAGACCAAAAGUGAAGGAAAAGGAGGAAGAGAGUCCCAAGGCACCACUAGCAAACAACUCUCCAUCUCUCAUUCCAUCACAAGAACCCUUGACACAAGACACUUUGAUUGCCAAAAUAGCAGAUAUAGACAAAAGACUCUUGAGCUUGGGAGAAGUGGAGGAUUCAGUAAAGAAAACUGGAAUAGAUACAAGAAGCACAGGGGUCUCCAUCUCUCAGACUCAUCUUGUCAUUUCUGGCCCCCAGCAAGUUUUACAGAAACCCUCCAAAGCAGUAACUGGCCCAUUGUUCCCUGCUGGAUCUAUUCUAUGGGAUGAAGAGUCAGAGGCUUCAAGCAGGGAACAGACAUGCAUUCCUCAGCAAAGCAUUUCCAAUUCAGACAAGGGACCUCCAGUAUUUACCAGUUCACUACAGAACACAGAGGAACUACAAGACACUAGGGAAAAAAGUUGCAGGGAAACUGUGCAACUAACCAAGAACAUCCUUGACGAUAUCAGCACCAUGUUCGACGACCUAGCUGAGCAACUGGAAGCCAUGUUGGACUGAGGCCUGUUUAAAUUUGUGGCUAUGCUCAAAGACAUACAGGCUCUGGAUAUGAUUACUCGGGCCGGAGAUAAAUAUAACUGCCAGAAAACCCUGACCGUGAGAAGUUAUUUACACUGCUGUACUGCAGUGUCAGGGGCUAUUCGAAUGCCAUAACUAGAUUACUAACAAGUUCUGUUUUGUGCUUGUUAAUAGCUGCCUUUUUCACAUUACAUUUAUCCGUUGCUGCUGUUUUGCUUUCCACGUUUGCAUUUCGUUCAAUGUUAAUGCUUGAAUGCAUAUGUGGAAACCUGUAAAAAGAUGUGUGUUUUUGUUAAGAAUAUAUUUUAUGUUAAAAGGGCUUUUAUAUUUACAUAUCUAUAUAAUAUGAUUAUUAAUUAGU